AUGAAGCAGGCGAUGAAUGGUGAAUGGCUCCUUGGGCUGGCGUUGAUCGCCACCACAAUGCCCACUGUCACAGCCGACUUGACGACAACCAUCAGUUCCACGACGAAUUGGGGCACAUGGGAGGGCUUUGGCGUGUCUCUUGCAUGGUGGGCCAAGGCAUUUGGUACCCGAACUGACUUGGCCGACAUCUUCUUCUCUACCAAGUCAACGACCUACAAUGGAUCGAGCGUUCCCGGGAUAGGGCUCACUAUUGCACGGUACAACGCCGGUGCCUGCAGCUGGAACACGUACAACGGCUCUUCGAUGGUGGUGUCUCCCGACAUGAUCACCUCGCGGCAGAUGGACAGCUUCUGGCUGGACUGGGCCAGCACUUCGCCGUCGUCUUCGAGCUGGAGUUGGAGUGUUGAUGCCAACCAGCGUAACAUGUUGUCUCUGGCCAAAGCCCGCGGCGCAAACAUCUUCGAGCUCUUUUCCAACUCGCCCACGUGGUGGAUGUGUAUCAACCAUAAUCCUUCCGGGUCGAACGGCGGCUCCAGCAACAACUUGCAAUCGUGGAACUAUGACCAGCAUGCGGUCUAUCUUGCCACUAUUGCUGAAUACGCCGCUAGUAACUGGGGUGUGUCCUUCCAGUCUGUGGAAGCCUUCAACGAGCCGGUCUCGGCUUGGUGGAACGGCGAGACUGGAACUCAGGAAGGCUGUCACUUCGACGUCAGCACCCAAGCGACCGUGAUUGGGGACCUCCGCACUGAACUGAACAGCCGGGGCCUCAGCUCAACCUUGAUCGCAGCCUCGGAUGAGAAUACCUACGACUUGGCAAUUUCUACGUGGAAUAGCCUUGGAAGUACUGCGACUGGCAAAGUUGACCGCAUUAACGUCCACGGGUACCAAUAUACUGGAGGAAGACGAGACACCCUGUACAGCCUGGCCUCCAGUGCUGGAAAGCGACUGUGGAACAGUGAGUACGGUGAGAGCGACGCAACAGGCCAAGAGCUCGUCACCAACCUGCUUCUCGACUUCCGCUGGCUCCACCCCACAGCUUGGGUGUACUGGCAAGCAAUCGACGGCGGCGGCUGGGGCCUAAUUGAUGGAGACAAUGACGACUUGACGCUCGGUGCCGUCAGCCAGAAGUACUACGCACUAGCACAGUUUGCCCGUCACAUUCGCCCUGGUAUGCAAAUCCUGGACGGUGGGAGCAACUACACUGUAGCGGCAUACGACUCCUCGGCACAGAAGCUGGUCAUCGUUGCUGCGAAUUGGGGUUCUGCCCAGUAUCUCAACUUUGAUCUCUCCAGCUUCAGCUCGCCUGGGGUUAGUGGCGCCUUGGUCCCGCGAUGGAACACUCAAGUCGGAUCUGGCGACCAAUAUGCCAGCUACAGCGAUACCUAUAUGAGCGGCAGCAAGUUUUGGUCGUAUUUUCCAACUGGAGCGGUGCAGACGUUCGAGGUGUCGAAUGUGUCAUUGUAA